AUGUACUUUUGCAUUAAAACAUUGGAAAAAAUAAAUCGAUGUGAUAUAUCUGAUAAACAAGAUGAUAUGUUUACUUGGUGGCUUACUCUUGAAAUUCAACCAAAUUAUAUUGAAAAAUUAGCAUUUAAAAUAUUAAAUUUGAAACCUCAUAAUGCUAGUGAGUUAUAUUCUGAUAUAUUAUUACCAGAAGAUCAAUUAGAUAUUGAUCACAUUAUGAAUUUACAACAUGGAUUAUUUAAUUCACAACUUCAAUCAACUGAUACUAUUGCUUUAAAUAAUAUUCAUAAUAAUAAAUUUCUUGGCAAUAAGAAUUUUGAUAUUGAUAAA